UCUGCGCGCGCGGGCGGGGGCGCGGCCGCGGUCGGGCCAUGUCCGGGCGGCUCCGGGGCUGCGGGGCCGGAGCCCUCCCCACGCUGCUGCCGCCGCUGCUGCUGCUGCUGCUGGGAUCGCCGGCGACGCCGGGCAUCACGUGCCCCACGCCCACGUCCGUGGAACACGCAGACAUCCGGGUCAAGAGUUACAACCUCAACUCCAGGGAGCGGUAUGUCUGCAACGCUGGCUUCAAGCGUAAAGCCGGGACCUCCAGCCUGACCGAGUGCGUGUUUAACAAGACCGCAAACGUCGCGCACUGGACCACUCCCAAUCUCAAGUGCAUCCGAGACCCCUCCCUGACUCACCAAAUGCCACCCUCCACAGCGGCACCGGCAGGGGUGACCCCAGAGCCAGAGAGCCCCACCUCUUCUGGAAAAGAGCCAGCUUUUACUUCCAAGUCAGACACCCCAGUGGCCACAAGGCCAGCUACUGGACCAGGCUCCAGGCUGAUGCCGUCCAAGGCUCCUUCUGCGGGGACCACAGGGGUAGUCAGUAAUGAGCCCUCCCAAGUCCCAGCUCAGACCACAGCCAAGGCUCCGGAACACACCCUCCCGGCCUCGCAGGACCCGCCCGGUGCAUAUCGGUACAAUCCCACGGCUGUGACCGCAGCCAUCUCCACGCCGGUCGCCGUGCUCGGUGGAGUGUUCAUGGUGUAUCUUCUGGUACAUUUCAUACAUUACCUAAGGUCAAGGCAAGCUCACCAGAUACCCACGGUUGAAAUGGAAAGCAUGGAGGUUGUACCAAUGACCAGGGGAACCGACGCCAGACAGGAGGGCACAGAAAUCUGACCACGUGACCUAGGAGGCUCCAGGGGACGCCAAGGCCAGCGAAGGCCUCGGUGAAGUCCCAGCUCUACUCCAGCCAAAGAGGACCUAGAGAAGCCUCGGGGCGCUGGCCUCGGGGAAAAGCCCACCAGGGUGAGAAAACAUCCCGGCAUCACUUUACCAACUGCCCAGCCCAGGCCCCACCUGUAUGAGUGGGUUCUCCGGGCUUAGGACAGAUGCCCCCUGCCUGCCCUGCCGUGCCCGCCCUGGGCGUAGGCCCAGUCCCCAAAGCCCCAGCAGUUGACGCUUUCCCGGGUCUUCCUAUCAGGGCUUUUAUUUCAUCACGACAUUGACUCAGGACAGCUUAUCUGCUCGACUCCCCCUCCCAUUCCUCAUCCGGACCUGCAGUUUACAAAGAAAUACACUUAAGGCUCCAAGGGAAUUACGAGGCUCCUCCUGGCUUGGGAUGUGUUUACAAGGGUGACACCAACAUUUCAACUCCUCAAACCUCCCUCUCAGCGAGCUGCUCCGCACGCACUGAAAGGCAACAGGGAGGCCGUGCCCAGUGCAUCCUCUGGAUUUAAGGGUUCAGGAAGAACACUGAACUCGGUGACAUUUUCUGUAGAUGUGCAUUUAUAUUUAUAUCCUUGUCUUUUAUAUCUACAUGUUAUAAGAUUUCUAUUUUGAAGUUGUGCCUUGUAUAAACAAAAUAAAAUGUCUAU